AUGGUGGCGAUGCAGCAGCUGCUACUUCUGUUCUUGCUCUUGGUAUAUGUCCGGCCAAGUUUCAGUCAGACGAACUCCCAAGAUGUUGCUGCACUUAAGGCUUUGAUGAAUAAUUGGCGAAAUGAACCAGAAAGCUGGACAGGUUCAACCGAUCCCUGCACCUCCUGGGUUGGAAUUUCCUGUUCCAAUGGUCGGGUGACAGAAAUGAGAUUAGCAAGCAUGAAUCUGCAAGGUACAUUAAGCAAUGCCAUAGGCCAACUAUCUGCUUUGAAAUAUCUGGAUCUGUCUAACAACCAAAACCUCGGGGGUCCACUUACUCCAAAUAUUGGAAAUCUGAAGCAGCUCACCACUCUGAUUUUGCUUGGAUGCAAGUUCACAGGGAAUAUCCCGGAAGAAAUAGGCAACUUAUCACAGCUCACAUUCCUGGCACUAAACUCAAAUAACUUCACUGGUGGAAUUCCACCAACACUUGGCCUCCUUUCAAAUCUUUUCUGGUUGGACAUGUCAGCAAAUCAGUUGUCAGGACAAAUACCAGUUUCUCCAGGGUUGAAUCAACUUGUCAACACGAGGCAUUUCCACUUCAGUGAGAACCAGUUGACAGGCCCGAUGAGCGAAAGCCUUUUCAGUGACAAGAUGAACCUUAUACAUGUGAUAUUUAAUAAUAACAACUUUACUGGACCAAUCCCAGCAUCUCUUGGAAAAGUCAAAUCACUUCAAAUAAUCCAACUAGAUCAUAACCAGUUCAGCGGUCCAGUUCCCAAUAGUAUUGCCGCCCUAAGUAACCUGAUGGAACUGAGUUUAGCAAACAACCAACUGAACGGGACCGUGCCGGAUCUCACUGAUGUAACCCAGCUAGAUUAUGUAGACCUAAGCAAUAAUAACUUUGCAAGCUCGCCAGCACCAGGAUGGUUUUCAACGUUGACAUCCCUAAAUACCAUAUUUAUGGAUAAUGAUGAUCUUAAUGGGACAAUCCCUAGUGCUAUGUUCAGUCUCCCCAACCUGCAGCAAGUAUCACUAGCUAGGAACGCGUUCAGUGGGAAACUUAAUCUGACAGGUAACAUCAGCUCGCAGUUGCGGGUUGUUAAUUUGACAUCUAAUCAAAUCAUCGAAGCGAAUGUAACGGGUUACAGCAACAGCCUUAUAUUAACAGAGAAUCCUGUAUGUUUGGAUAACAUUAGUUUCUGCACACUCAAGCAAAAGCUGCAAGCGCCAUAUGCCACUAACCUUGGCCCAUGUGCUGCCAUUCCAUGCCCCUUUGAUCAGUCAGCAAGUCCAGUCACUUCACAGAACUGUGCAUGCACCAAUCCCUUUCAGGGUUUGAUGAUCUUCCAAGCACCCGCCUUCUCUGAUGUCAUAAGCCCCACGAUGUUCCAACUUCUGGAGUCAACGCUUAUGCAGAACCUUAGCCUGGCACCAAGAUCAGUUGCCAUUUCCAAUGUUCAAUUCAGUCCAGGAAACCCUCUAAUAUUGACAGUGAAGAUUUUUCCAGCCAGUGGAACGAGCUUCAAUCGCUCAGAAGUCAUAAGAAUCAUUUCUCCUCUGGUCAACCAAACUUAUAAAGCCCCAACUAAUUUUGGACCAUACAGCUUCAUAGCGAGCACAUACUUUCCAGCUCCCAGCAAUAAAAAGUCCUCAAUGGGCAAGGCAGCAAUAAUUGGAAUAGCAAUCGCGGGUGUUGUCCUUAUUCUUGGCCUUAUUGUGGUAGCAAUAUAUGCUCUACGACAGAAAAGAAUAGCCAAGGAGGCAGUAGAGCGAACUACAAAUCCUUUCGCAUCAUGGGGAGCUGGUGGGACAGACAACGGAGAUGCACCACAACUGAAGGGUGCAAGAUACUUUUCAUUCGAGGAACUGAAAAAAUGCACCAAUAAUUUCUCAGAAACUCAUGAGAUAGGAUCCGGAGGAUAUGGGAAGGUGUACAAAGGAACACUAGCAAACGGGCAAAUAGCUGCAAUAAAACGCGCGCAGCAAGGAUCCAUGCAAGGUGCAGCUGAAUUCAAGAAUGAGAUAGAACUGCUGUCCAGGGUUCAUCACAAGAACCUAGUGAGCCUAGUGGGUUUCUGCUACGAACAAGGGGAACAGAUGUUGGUUUAUGAAUAUAUUCCUUAUGGGACAUUAAGGGAGAACUUGAUGGGUAAAAGAGGAGUGAACUUAGAUUGGAAGAACCGCCUCAGGAUUGCCAUUGGCUCAGCAAAAGGUCUAGCAUACCUCCAUGAACUUGCUGAUCCACCAAUCAUACACAGAGAUAUCAAAUCAACCAAUAUCCUUUUGGAUGAAAGUCUCAAUGCUAAGGUUGCUGAUUUUGGUCUUUCAAAACUUGUGUCUGACACACAAAAGGGCCAUGUUUCUACCCAAGUAAAGGGAACAUUGGGCUAUUUGGAUCCUGAAUAUUACAUGACGCAACAGCUCUCUGAAAAGAGUGAUGUCUACAGCUUUGGAGUUGUCCUGCUAGAACUAAUAACUGCCAGCCAGCCCAUAGAGAAAGGCAGGUAUAUUGUCCGUGAGAUCAGGACAGCAAUAGAUCAAUAUGAUCAAGAAUACUAUGGCUUGAAGGGCCUAAUCGAUCCAAAAAUCCGGGAUUCAGCUAAAUUAAUUGGCUUCAGGAGAUUUAUACAGUUGGCUAUGGAAUGUGUGGAAGAGUCUGCUGUUGACCGCCCAACAAUGAAUGAUGUGGUGAAGGAACUUGAGAUCAUCAUACAGAAUGAAGGGGCACAAUUGUUAAACUCAGCGUCUUUAUCAGUUGAACAAUUUGGAAACGAAAAGAGUCGAGAUCCUUAUGCAGAACAUUUGCCUAUGAAUGAUGAAAGCAGCAGCAACACUUUUGACUACAACAGUGUGUAUUCAUACUCAGCUGUUCAACCAAAGUAG